AUGCCGCGUCGAACUUCUGUCCAGAGCAGGCUCUCGCGCGGUUCCGUACGCGAAAUUGAGUGGAAAUUACCUUUAAUGCUCCCACCUGAGGUGUGUGGCUGCUGGCUCUGCUGCACAUUGCUCUGCGCCUCCAGCUUCGUGCUCACCGAGUUCCACAUGUCGAACAUGUUCAACAUCAUGGGCCCCGAGGACCUUUCGCUCACAAAAACCUAUCCA